AUGUCGUCCAUGAGAGAGAAGGACAAGGAAAGUAAGAAAAGAGAGAUGAAAAUUCUGAGGAAUGAGCAGAAGAGAGAGAGAGAGAAGGAGUUGGCAAGAGAGAGGGCUCUUGAGGAAAAGAUGAAGGUGGAAAGAGAGAAAAGAGAAAAAGAGGAAAGGAGAGGAAAGGAGAAAGAGAGGAAACAGGAGAGAAGGAGAGAAAAAGAGAUGAAAAGAGGGGAGAAACAAACGUGGAGAAACGAGAGGCGAACUCUGGUUCCAAUUCGAGGGCUGAGAUGCCGCCUUGAGACUGUGUGGGUAUGUGUGUAUGCGAAUGAUGAAGGGGUAGUCGCUUCGGAGCUUUGGGGGUUCGAAGGGGAGACUCAAGAAUCUCAACCUUUAUUUGGAUUUAAGUAA